CAGUGAAUAGUCGACAUGCUAUCAUCUCGGAUUCAAACCCCAUCAAUGAAGAAUAACACGCAGAAGCGCAAACGCGUUGCUGCAGCUAAGUCGAAUAAAGGGAAGCAAACAGGGUUAACAAAGUGGCUGUCACAGAGCAAUACAAAGUUUAAUUCAACAAAUACGAGUGCACCAAGUGGGAAGGACUUGCCACCACUAGUAAAUGAUGCCGAUGAUUUCGUAAAGGAUGCAACAAAAAAAUCCAGCACCACAGCACAAAAUGCUAAAAGUUCACGCCCGCGACAGAACAAAUCUCGUUCGGGCAGCCCUGUACUUAUUAACGCAGAAUGCGCAGUGCAAUUGACAUGUAAAGCGAAGGGCCUCACUGCUGAGCACUCGCCAGAGACAGUAAUCGUAGAUAGUUCUUUGACACUAUCGAAGAAAGCAUGUGCUACCACCCCAGCCAUGCUCGGCGGAAGUAUAGAUAAACCUACACCGUGCGUAUCUGCUGCAUACCAAUCGAACCUAGACCGAAGUGACGCAACCAUUAAUCUCGUAGAGGCAUAUCCGUUGGAUGCAAAACCAUCAUCUAAAGAUUUGCCGUGCGAUGUUCCACAUACUGCACCGUGCGCAUCGUUCUUUGAGGCGUGCAAGUCGCGCUUGCCAACGGUUGACUCUCAACCAAACUUCAUCGAGCCUCCAAGGGAUUCUUCGUCAGAAAGUUCCGCGAGUGACUGUGACGACACUGCUGGAUCGGACGUUGACUACGAGACGGUCCCAGGUGCACAAAGUAGGAGUAGAAAGUCUAAGGUGAUGUCGCGGGGACCAAGCCCUCCUAGGAAAGAAUUGGAUACCUACGAAAUGCAACGCCAGCGAAACAUUGAAGCGAAUAACAAAAUGCUAGCAGAGCUGGGGUUGAUGGGUGGGUCAAUGAAAACGAAAAGUGCCGGUCUCAUAAAGCCUACAGCCAAGACCAAAAAACCGCUCAAGAAGCGCACAAAAGCUGAGCAGUCAACUCCUCCGCCACUAGAUCGAAGGCGAAGUACCAGGAUAAGGGGGGUGCCAGCCGAGCAGUUUGCCGAGGGAUAUAUAGAAGCGGCCAUUAAGGAACCGAUAUCAUAUUCGUAUGAUGAACCAGGAGAUUUUUUUGAAAUAGGACAGAUUGUGGAUUGCAAGACUGGACCCUUGAAAGUCGCUGGCAGUACACCUACAUGCGCAACUGCAUAUAGGCGAUUCGGUGGUCAUAAUCAUAUGAUUUACUCCAUGUCAUGCUCAGCAUCGAAACGCUUCUUGGUAGCGGGCGGCGGUGAAGGCAAGGUUUCAUUUUUCGACCUCAAUGCAAAUGCGAAGGAGUACGACGUUAACGAUGUACAGUCUUGUAUAGGGACCGUCAAACUCCACUCCAGGUGGAUAUCCCGGGCAAAAUUUGUAAAUGUGCGUGCUGAUUUAGACGCUAUACUGACUACUGCGGACGAUGGCCGCAUGUUGCUCUCAAGUGUCCAGUUCGCUGACGUGGUCGACGGCGUGGAACCACAAUGUAAGCCCCUGGCUUGGAUUGGCAAGGAGCUGCACGCUCGAGGUAUAUACAGCUUCGAUUAUCAGAACGGGCUUAUAGCCACCACAUCGAAGGAUAGCACAGUCGGUAUUACAAAACUGUCGGAUACCACGAUGAGUGUUGUAAGAACGUAUAGUGAAUUGCAUCAAGGAGUUGUGAAGGCUGUCAGGUGGGUGCCGGGGUCUGGUGAACCGACUGCCUUCAUAUCUGCCGGUGACGAUUGUUUGAUGAACCUAUACGACAUUCGCGCCUCUGCCAUAUCAACUACCGUUGAGCCUCAUCAGAAGCGAAUAAACAGCAUCACAUUCCAUCCCCGCGAUGGCAAUCUAUUUCUAACUGGAAGUUCAGAUAAAACUAUCAAGGGCCACGAUCUGCGGAACAUGUCGACACCUGUAUUUUCUCUGAACAGCCACCACCACCCAUCAGUUAAGUCGAGCAGCUUGACAGCCCCUGUUUUCUACACAGAAGGUACCGAAUUUUUAAGUAUAGGAGACAAAACGGACAAUAUCUACGCAUACAACGUGGCGAAGCAGUUGCUCGAUCGCCAAAUGUAUGUAGGAUUUACGCCGAGUUGCCUAUACAAUCACGGGGGCAAAGUGCUUGCCGCCCACGGUAAAACAACUUUAUACGUGCUAGACUCGGUGUGAAACACAUCUGACAGCUGGAGUGAGAGAGUACUUGAAGAUUUGAAAUUGUCUUAUAAAGAGCAAGAUGGUCAGCUCGGAC